CUCGCCACUUGCCUCAGUCGAAUCGCGCAGUCCACCAACGAAACACCUCGCACCGUUCUCCACUGAGUGCUCUCCGUGCGUGUCCAUUAAAUUAUCUCAAAUAACACCAAAAAAUUUUCCUCAAAAUUCCCUUCUUUCGACUUACUCUCCAAUUUGCUCAAUCCUCGAUCCCUCCGUUAUUUACAAUUAUCUACAAUUAUCUACAAUAGUUUUUUUUUUGGAUUCGGAUUUUGGAAAAACAUUAAUCAAGUUUUGCAAAUGGUUCGAAGUUUUUACCGGGGCUGAGAAAAAUAACGGCAGUGUAAAAAUACUCUUUCGUUAUUGAGAAUCAGCAUUAUUCGCUAAACUCUUCUUCGGCUGACGUUGUGAUUGGAAAAGUGGUUGGGGGCACGUGGAACCCGGUUUACAACGCCGGGGAUAGAAAAUAUGCGCUUAUUGCGAGAUCGGUUUUGACAUUUGUGAAUUAAAUAUUUCAUUCCUGUAAAUAUUUGAGUGUUUACGAGUGAAGAGGAGAAGGAGUCGGAGAGUGAGAGUCAUGGAGACCGAGGAGCUAACCCGACUCGUCGAUGGAAUAUACAAGAAUAUUCUCGAUAAGUUCAACCCCGGCGCGAGGCAACUGAUCAACGCAGGGAAGGCGUAUCUGAAAGCACUUCAUGGCGCAGCAGCGGCAUCUCGUACUUAUGUGGACGCCCUCUCCAGACUCGCGAGACAAGCACAGCUUGGUACCUGGGGUGGCUCUCAGGAUGUCGGCUCGGCAUUGAUGAGAAUUGUGGAGGUCUACAAGGAGAUCCAAGAACAGGAAAUGAACAUCCUGAAAGCAUUCUACGUGGACCUUUUGGUGCCCCUAGAAACUAAUCUCGAGAAGGACACCAAAGUAGUCCAGAGCGAACAGAAAAAGUUUCUCCAGCAGCAUAAAACCCGAUCAGAGACUUACAGCAAAGCAGCCGCGACAAUGAAGAAGCAGCGGAAAAAAUCACGCGGAGCGAGUAAGAGUGAUCUCGCCCGGGAUAAGGAGCUCAAAAACAUGCAAAUACUUGAGGAGGAAAAAUCUAAAUUAGAUGCCUUUUGCGAACAGAGCCUGAAGAACGCAAUGACUCAGGAGCGCAGAAGAUAUGGUUUCGUUUUGGAGCGGCAGUGUUCAUUGGCAAAACAUUACGCUAGUUUCCACGAAGUUGCACUGGCAGCUCUACAUCCAUCUGUAGAUGAGUGGCGUGAAGUAGCGAAUACCCGUGAAUAUUUGCCUCAAUCAGUCGAGGAUAUGUUUGCCUCACGACUUCGACAAGUUUCAUUCUGGCCAGAAGACGAGGAGAAUGGAGGGUCACAGCUGACCAUGAGUUCACAGUUGCGUAAAACAAGGAGUAUGGACAGUUCUUGUCUAGAGCUACGCCUUGGAGCCCCACCAAGUCACCCACCUUCUAUUCAUCCCAAUGAUGGCUCACAUAUAUCUUCGGCCCUAUCAAGAGCAAGGUCCGAGGCAAAUCUCCAUGCCUCCAAUCUUUCACUAGGACCAGAUGUCCCAGAAACUCCACCCAGACCGAGAUCCAUGGCACCAGCAUCUCGUAACAGUGUUGUUGGUACUAGUGGUGGUACUAGUGGAACUGGUAAUUCUUCUGGGGUAUGGGGUGAAGCUUCGCUUGCUCGUGCACUUUUCGCUUAUCUGAGCUCUGGAGAGAAUCAACUGAGCUUUCUCGAGGGUGAUCUUAUCGCACUUAUGGGAGAUCGUCAGAAAGGCUGGCAAUUCGGUGAGAAUCUCCGCACCCAGGGUUCCGGGUGGUUUCCGCUGGCUUAUACUGAAAUUAUAAUAGACGAUAGUUUAGGGUCACCAAACCAUGCCGCGAACAAUGGGCGUUCACCAGAGCCGAGGGCUAUGCCUCCUUGCAAACCACCCCCAUCGAGACCACCGCCCAGUAUUGAUGAGCUCAACACCGUUGGUAACGGUAAUGUGAGCAACAAUAACAACCUUGGUGGGGGUAACAAUAAUACACCGACUAAUGUACCCAAAAGCCACAGCGCGUACAACGUUGGUACUCCCACGGGACGACAGCCAAAAUCGAUCCGUCCAUCGGGAACACUGCCUUCUCUCCUAGCAGGGGGUCGAAGAGUUCAGCCUCCGGUACCACCGAUUCCUCCUCCUCAAGCUUUCACUUCUCUUCACAGCAGCAACGACAGUGGUUUCUCCAACGAACCGCCAGUCCAACCGGACAUUGACUACAGCGAUGACGAAGCAAUGAGACAAAGACGUAGAAAAACUCGUGGGGAUCGUCUGGAAGCAGCGGAGAGGGUACUAAAGCAACAGCAGGCGAAUCAGACACCUCAGCAGAGAGAUGUAGACGAGAAGGACAAGGAUUGGGAGAAUGAUUCCUGGAAGACAAUCCCUCGGGACGAGAACAGCUGGAAUAUGUACAGAAACAGUAUGGACAUGUGGUCAGAAUCUAAGCAUCCGAAUAGGAAUAAAGGGAGUGAUCUCGAGGGAAGGUAUACAGCUGUGAAUGGUAGACGACGGGUCGAUACUCAUGAUCAAAUACGUAGCUCCGACACCGAGUUACGUGAUAAACGAGAGAGAAAGGGUGAAUCAAGUAGAAAGUCAGAUUACGAAGAGUCGCGUGGAAGACAGCAAAUUGAGCGUAAUUGUAGAUACACAAAUGGUGAUGAACUUCCGAGGGAGUUAAGCCACAGAUCCCGCGAGGAUAGACGGGAGAAUGCCAAGCGUCAACGAGACAUCGAGGAAUCCGAAGAUGAACGUGAGAUCAAUAACGAGGAGGAGAGCUACGAAAUAAACGAUUACCCUGAUAAAUUCAGCAGUCAGAAAUACUACGAGAAUCACGAGACUAGCCAUAAUAACGAGCGUUACCAAAAUGAAGAGAGAGAACGCGAGGAGGACAAGUACGAAAAUGAUAAGAGUGAAUCAAUUUCAUCAGCCUCUGAUUCGGAGGACGCAAGCACCAUCACCAUUCCAGAAACUGGACGAAAAGUCGAGCACAUAGCUCAGAAGCUUGAGCAAACAGCCCAGAAGUAUGCUCGUGAGCACAGUCCACCCAAGUUUGUAGAAAGACGUCGAGAGGACUACACUAAGAGUUUGGAUCGAGAGGGAGAGCCACCGAGUUAUGAAAAGUACGAGCGUGACACGAGAGCUGGCCAGUCACGAGAGAGAUCUGAGAGGGAGAGAUAUCCAGAGAGGAACCAUCAGACCUAUGAGCGGGAGAGAACAUUUGAAAAGAAUCCAGAUCGUAAGAGAAAUAUCGAGAGAAACUCAAACCGUAGAUUUGAGCGGCCACGACCGCCAUUCGAGGAUGCACCAGAGCGGCCACGUGAUAAACCAUACAGAGAACGUCGUUAUUCGGAAAAGGAGGAAAUUUAUGGUGAAACGGGACGUUUUUCUCGUACCCCAGGUACACUCGAGAAAGACCGUGGGUAUGAGUCAAAUUUCGAAACGAAACUCGAACGCUCCAAGGCCAUUGAGAAAGUUCAAGUAGGCUAUCGGAGAAAUGAAUCGUCUCAGAACCGCAAAAGAGACCCGAGUGAUACGAGAAGUCCCGAGUGCAAUGACACUAAUAAUAAUACACUGAAGAAUGAUAGAAAAAAUUUGCCACGGCAGAGUACAGCGCUGGGGCACCUGGUGCAGACAGGUCGUGCAUUCGAUGUUGAUAUGAAGAGUCCAAAAGUGGUGAAGAGGACUAAAUCAUUCUGGAGAUUCAGAAGAGACUCGGAAGUGCUCGAGGGGAUGGCUCUGUGGCAGCAUCGCUCUCUGGUGGACAUCCCGAAAAUGGUGAAGCGUGAGGUCAAGGAUCACAAGGUCAAGGAUGAUUCUGAAAUAUCCCGGAAAUUAUCACCCGAUAAUCACUCAGGAUCGGGCAGAAGCAUCGGUAAGGACUCGCGUAGCAGUGAUAACACACUCACGAAUGAUUGCAGUGAAACGCGUCAUCACGAACGAGAGGAGCCGAAACCAGCGGAACGCAGCCUAGUUCCAGAUAAAUCCGAUUACUUCGAUGACUUUCCGACCCCUGCUGAACGGCCAAAAGCUGUUGAAAGAUCAGAAUACAGAGUUCAAAGAGAGGAGAGAUCCUAUUUCGUUGGAAAUGUGUCGAGAAAAGCAAUUCUUGAGAAAGAACGUAAACGCAGUCUUGAAGCAAAGCGCAAUAUGGUUGUUGCAGAAUUGAAGGAGAACAACGACGCGAAAAAAGGUGAACGCAGAAUCAAUUCUUAUGGAGAUGAUGAUGAUGGACUAAUUCAGAAUUUCUCGGAAACUGAAGCGUCUGAUGAAGAGUCAACUUACAGUUGUAUUGUUGUGAAGGAGCAGCAGGAGAAAACCCUCCUACCAAGAACGAAAUUGCGAAGGGACAGUGACAGAGAGGGUGAGAAAAACACUUGUGGUCCUUGGUACGAUCUCUGGGGUGUUGACGCAUCUGUCAAUAAUAAGAAGAAAAAGAAAUAAGCACUCAAUCUUAUUUUAUCACCCUUGUACUUAAGUUUAUUGCGCAUUCCAUUUGUUUUUAUCAAUAAGUUUUUUUUUCUUAUUAGUCAUUAUUAUUCAUAUGGAUUUUGUACUUCUGGUAUCAUAUAUUCCCUUUGUUAUGUGCGAUAUUAGUGUCGUUUUGUACUAGAGCACUUUUGUCUCUGUUAGUUUUGUAGACAUUGUCUAAUAAUGGCCUCGUGUGCAUCCUUUCAUUAACUGAUAAGUCUCUUGCAGAAGUAACAAUGCAUUUGCUACGGUUAAACUGAGGAAAACAAAGACCAACGAUCGAUCAGCCCCAGCACUGUGAUAUCACAGUUUAUUAAUGGAAUUGAGGAGUGCUGAUGACACUGACACCAAUGUCUCGGAUGUGAGACAGAUGGAGGGUCAGUUGAUAUCUGCUGAUUGUGGCAAUGAAGUGGAAUAUUUUUUUUUCCAGGCAUGACGUGAAUAUCCGUCCAGGAUUAUUUUCGUGAGAAAUUUUUUUUACACUCAUUCGCCUGGGGGGAUCGUCAUCGUUCCCAUGCUAAGCCUGAAUGUAUGUCUUGUACCAGGUUCUUUGUGGCAUCGUUAUUCAGUCGUUUCGUUUUCCCACUGUUCCUGCACUCAUACCCCCCAUCGCCCCCUUACCCGUCAAAAAAAAAAACCAAGGAAGAAAAGAACCUUACUAUAUUUCAGGGACUUUUACCACUUGGCUUCCAACCAAGAUGAAAUUUUAUUAGCAUUCCCAGAAUAUAUUUUUUUUCUUCCUGCGAUAUGGGCUUUCAUCCAAGAAUAAAGAAUCUCAAAAAAUCUGUCCAGCUUGGAAAUCAAUAUUUUUUAUACUUUAUAUUAAUUUUUAACGAACAUUACUUUCAUGUGAAAUAUAUCAUGCUGGUCCACAGUAAAUUUCCUCACGUCAACAUGAAAGUUUUUAUUCGGAUAUCGUAAAAAAAGAUCUUCAUGUGUUGAAUGCCUUGGGGGGAGGUGCAGUAUGGAAUUCCAACUUAUACGAAAACAAACUGGCACUUCAUUUUUUUUCCGCUUUUAUACCUUUUCAGAUUUUUUUCCGAGCCUCGUAAAAUCAUUUACCAUCUUGGUUGGUACGCCCUCAAUUUCUAAAUAACAUUAAAAUACAAUUAUCAUUGUUGCUCUAUCGAAUCAAGACCAGGAGAGAAUUAAAGAUGAAGGAGACUUCAAGGGAGUAACUUGCACACGUUUGGCCAUUAAAAUUUAAACUUUGUUAUACAAAGUUUUUAUGUGCUCAGUACAUACCCAUGAAAAGCGUACGUACUUGUUUUUUAUUAUGUUGUAGGUGCUAAGAACACGUUCUGACAUUAUCGCAAAUUUACCUCUAUAGUUAACUCCAUAAAAUAAAGAGAGACGGCAAUAUUACAGGAGAUCCCAAGAAAAAUGGUUUAGGGCAAUGGUUAUAACCGCUAUACGAAUAUAUCAUUUAAUUCCUUCACCUCUUUCUUGUUCUUUUCCUAAUCGUCUAGCUAAAUGCCACGUAUACGGUUUCCAAUCAUUGAAUCAGAUCGGCAGAAGAACAACAAAACUAUUAUUAAAUGUUAAUCUAAGCACGUUGCACUUGGUGAGGGCGGGCUUGAUGCAGGUAGAUUUCUGAAAAUAUGGAAAAACGAAAAGAAAGCAAAACUAUGCCAAUUCUCGCUAGUGAGAAUCUAAGUAAUAAGUAAAUAAAUAAAUUUCUCUCCCAUCCUUCAAGUCCGCUCGGGUAAGUUACGUACUAAGGGAUAAACGAAAAAUCAUAACGAAAAAAAUUGAAUUAAAAAUCAUGUAUACAUCCAUUAUUAUAUUAUUGUUAUUAUAUU